CACAUCACAAUCAACUUCCGAAAAUGUGAAGAGAUGCACUUGAUGAUUUUCCUACUAUAUACUGGAAAUGGAACCAACAGCUCACACUCACUCACAUUACAUACAUACAAGAUAGACACCAAAUGCUGCACACAACAGAGGGGAAAAGAAAAAGAAAUCAAACAAUGAAAUAAAACCCCUCACUCACUCACUCACUCACUCACUCACUCACAAAUCAACCCAAAUUUUCACUCAGCUUCGUCUUUGCGUUCUGAUUUCACUAUUUCAAGAUCACUCAGCUCCAUUUUUCAGAACAGUGUUCAUUCAGUCAUUUGAGAGAGAAUGGCCAAAAAGUAUGAGGGACCUGCAAUAGGAAUUGAUUUAGGCACUACCUAUUCAUGUGUUGCUAUAUGGCAAGGACAGAAUAAUCGAGCUGAGAUCAUUCCCAAUGAACAAGGAAACAGAACCACUCCUUCCUUGGUUGCUUUCACUGAUACACAAAGAUUAAUUGGUGAUGCUGCCAAAAAUCAGGCUGCAACAAACCCAUCAAACACUGUCUUUGAUGCAAAGAGGUUGAUUGGAAGGAAAUACAGUGAUUCAGUUGUUAAGGAUGAUGUUCAGCUCUGGCCUUUUCAGGUCAUUUCUGGAACUGAUGACAAACCCACUAUUGUUGUAAAGUACAAGGGUAAGGAAAAACGCCUUGUUCCUGAGGAAAUCUCAUCCAUGGUUCUCUCAAAGAUGAAGGAGAUUGCUGGGGCAUUUUUGGUGUCCCCAGUGAAGAAUGCAGUUAUUACUGUGCCUGCUUAUUUCAAUGACUCUCAGCGAAAAGCCACCAAAGAUGCUGGUGCCAUUGCUGGCCUCGAUGUUAUGCGGAUAAUCAAUGAACCAACCGCUGCAGGUCUUGCAUAUGGCCUUCAGAAGAAAUCCAGUUUUGCUGGGAAGCGAAAUGUGUUCAUCUUUGAUCUCGGUGGAGGCACUUUUGAUGUGUCUAUUCUCACAAUAAAAGAUGAUAACUUCAAAGUGAUGGCCACUGCUGGUGAUACUCACCUUGGAGGAGAGGACUUUGAUAGCAGAAUGGUGGACCAUUUUGUUAAGGAGUUUAAGAGAAAGCACAAGAAGGACAUCAGUGGGAACCCAAGAGCCUUAAGGAGGUUGAGAAGUGCGUGUGAGAAGGCAAAGAGGACACUCUCAUUUGCCACUGAUACCACAAUUGAGGUAGAUGCUUUAUUUGAGAGCACUGACUUGUGUUCAACGAUAACUCGCACCAGAUUUGAGGAACUGAACAUUGAUCUCUUCAAGAUGUGUAUGGAGACAGUUGAGAGGUGUCUUGAAGACUCUAAGAUGGACAAGAGUGAAAUAGAUGAUGUUGUUCUUGUUGGUGGUUCUUCUAGGAUUCCCAAAGUGCAACAGCUAUUGCAGGAUUUUUUCAAUGGGAAGGAACUAUGCAAGGGGAUUAAUCCUGAUGAGGCUGUUGCUUAUGGCGCAGCUGUGCAAGCUGCUUUGUUGACUGAAGAAGGCAUUAAGAAUGUUCCAAACUUGGUGUUGAUGGAUGUUGCACCCCUGUCUUUAGGGUGGGCGUUAAUAAGAGAUGAAAUGAGUGUAGUGAUUCCUAGGAAUACUACUAUUCCGGUAAAGAAGACACAACGAUACGCUACUGUUAAAGAUAACCAAUCUGGUGUCUUGAUUGAGGUUUAUGAGGGUGAGAGAGCAAGAGCCAGUGAUAACAAUUUGUUAGGCUCUUUUAUUCUUUCUGGACUCCCUCUUGUUCCUCGUGGCUAUCCUUUUAAUGUAUGCUUUGCUAUAGAUGAAAAUGGGAUUCUAACUGUUUCUGCUGAGGAAAAAACCUCUGGUAGUAAGAAUCAGACAACCAUAACCAAUAAAACAAACAGGCUGUCAGCUAAAGAAAUCAAAAGAUUGAUUCAAGAAGCUGAGAUUUACGAGGUUGAUGAUAUGAAGUUCAAGAACAAGGUGAAAGCAAUGAAUGCUCUAGAUGAUUACCUUUACAAUAUGAAUAAACGCAUGAAAGAUAAGUGUGUCAGCUCUAAGCUUCCCCCAAUGGUCCAAGUUGAUAUCAAUUCAGCUAUUGUAAAGGGCCAAAAUUUGCUUGAUGGUGGCCAGAAGCCAGAGACGUUUGUGUUUGUUGACUUAUUAAGGGAGCUUAAGAGCAUAUUUGAACCUGCGAUGGCCAAGAUCGACAAUGGUUGGACUCAUGAGGAUAGGGAUGAGGAUCAUGGAAGCACUACUGGGCCUGCCCAAUCAAUUGCUACUUCAACCAGGCGCAAGUUGAAGGAGAAGCUUAGUUGGUUUAAUAAAUCUUCUUGAAUUGCUUUUAAUGUUUUUAGGUAACAUUCCAGAAUAUUUCACUUAAUAGGAUCAAACUACCUCUAGGGCUAUAUGCUUAUUUGGAGGAAUAGUUCUAUUAGAAUAAAGUUGUAGCAUUUGGUAGGUUUGUUUACGAAACGAAUACCAAUUGAUAGGUUAGAGCCACUAAGAACAAUUGGUGAGUACAGUUAUUUAUAUGCUUCAAGGCUGCUACUAAGUACAGUUAAUCAAGUUUUAAAUUAUCCUUUCCUGAUGCAGUGUGUCAAAUAUAUAAGUUUGUUAUUGUUAGUGGUUGCUUAGUCUUGGAGAUAAUGGUUAGUGGCCUAAAUUAAGGAGAACCACUCUUCUGUU